AUGGCCUCUCAAACUGGUCUUCGUCUUCUUGGUCACGAUUCCUGGGAACGAUUUACUGAGUUCAAAGGAUCAGUGCCCUCCGCUGGCAAAUAUGAGAUAGUUAUAAAAGGGAGUUCGGGGAUUCGCACUGGUCUCGUUCUUGAGAAGGCUGCUGGCGCCACCACUAUCAUCACAUCUUCUUUGAAGGAGAAGUUACAUUAUGUUCAGCAUAAGUACGGAGCUGAUUAUACUACCAACUACAAGACCACUUCAAAAUGGGCAGAAGAGGUGCAGAAGAUCACCCACGGCAGCGGCGUAGACUACAUACUUGAAAACCGUGGCUCUGGGACUAUCAAGCAGUCCUUAGAAGCUGUUUCUUACGGUGUUAAUAUUGCUGUCAUCGGCUUUCUCUCCCCUCCUCUCCAGUAUACCAUGCCAGAUGUAGCGGGUCUAGCAUUGGCAAAAGGAGUAAUUGUCCGUGGUAUUAUGGUUGGCUCCAAGCAACAACUUGAGGAUGCUGUUCGAUUCAUCGGCACUCACAACAUACCUGUUCCGGUUGAGAAGACUUUCAAGUUCAGUCGGGACCAAGUGACCGAGGCGUACACAUACCUUGCGAGCAGACAGCAUACGGGAAAAGUGGGCAUCGACUUUUAG